AUGGUGAUCCCAUCGAUAUCCGACCCCUCCGCAACAAUGGGCUUGGUAAAUGGCUAUGCAGCCUCGUCUACUCCCAAUGACACCAUCAUGAGGGAUGGCCUAGCCAUCAGCGACAGUGGAAGCAACGCAUCUGAUGCCUAUGUGAACCAUGCCGAACGCGAUUCCUCUUCUCCCGAAGCAGAUGCCGCCGAUGAGUCCUACGAUGCCGGCUCUCCUGACGCGGAGGGGGAUGAGGACGCUUCUGAGACCGAGAACGACGUGAACGAGAGUAGCCAUUCCAGCGACGAAAAUUCUUCAUCGUCGGAAAACAAGCCCGGCCACCAGCGUGAGUCGCCCUCGGUCAACGAAUCCGACUACAUGCGCCAGAACCCCGAUCUAUAUGGCCUCCGUCGAAGUACUAGAGCACGCACAACGCGUCAAGUAGUCGACUCUCCCUCCGAGUCCGAGUCCGAUGCAGUAGCACCUCGCUCAAAGCGUCGACGUACUGUUGUCUCACAACCUCCCUCCAAGCGCCCCUCCCGGUCUGCAACCCAAUCUUCUUAUUCUGAAGAUUCGGAUAGUGAUGAAUACGGCGGUAGUCGGGCUCGUACAAACAGGGCAAGGCGACGGAAGCUUUACCAGUCAUCCUCGAACAACCUGCCUUCUCAGCCCGAGGUCCGCUUCUCCACAAGAAACGCGUCCCGGGUCUCUAAUUACAACGAGGACGAAGAUGACUCCAUGUUUGAGGAAGACCCGGACGAAGUGAUGGUGGAUAAUUACUGGGUGAACACAGUGGAGGACGACCGCCCAGCAGUCGACGUCGUGCUCAAUCAUCGCCUCAGAGAGGGCGUGGAUGCAAGUAGCCUCGACCUCGGCCGUCAUGACUUUGAAUUCUACAUUAAAUGGCAAGGGAAAUCUCAUUACCAUGCGUCAUGGGAAACCACAGAAGGCCUCGCCAAUUGCCGUAGUACCCGCCGUCUCGACAACUACAUUCGAAAAGUUCUCUCUGAAGACAUCCGCCUACGGAAUGACGAGGAUGUCGCUCCUGAGGAUCGGGAGAAGUGGAACCUCGACCGAGAACGGGAUGUAGAUGCUAUCGAGGACUACAAACAGGUUGAACGAGUCAUUGGUAUGCGCGAAGGCGAGGAGGGAACGGAGUACCUCGUGAAAUGGAAACGCCUCUUCUACGACUCUUGUACAUGGGAGGACGAAGACUUAGUCAGUAACAUCGCUCAACGCGAGAUAGACCGUUUCCUAGAUCGCUCCUCUCGCCCACCGAUCUCUGACAAGUCGGAAACGAACCCAGCCACGCGCAAGCCAUUCGAAACCAUCAAAGGCACACCGACCUUCCUGCAAAAUGGUCAAUUGAAGGAGUUCCAGGUCAAGGGCGUCAACUUCAUGGCCUUCAACUGGGUGAAGAACCGCAAUGUCGUGCUUGCCGAUGAGAUGGGUCUUGGAAAGACUGUGCAGACUGUCUCUUUCAUCAAUUGGUUGCGCCAUGUACGGCAUCAACAGGGCCCCUUCAUUGUCGUUGUCCCUCUCUCUACCAUGCCAUCUUGGGCCGAUACUUUUGAUUACUGGACUCCCGAUCUGAACUACGUCGUCUAUAACGGCAACGAAGCUGCACGAACCGUAUUGAGGGAGCAUGAGCUCAUGGUUGAUGGGAAUCCUAAGCGACCGAAGUUCAACGUCCUGUUGACGACCUAUGAAUACGUUCUAUUAGAUUCGGGCUUUCUGAGCCAGUUCAAGUGGCAGUUUAUGGCUAUCGACGAGGCUCACCGGUUAAAGAACCGUGAGUCGCAGCUUUACCUGAAGCUGCUGGAGUUUAGAUCUCCUGCUCGGCUUCUGAUCACGGGUACGCCCAUUCAGAAUAACCUGGCCGAGCUCUCAGCGCUAUUGGACUUUCUCAAUCCAGGCCUGGUAGAAAUUGACGCUGACAUGGACUUGAAUUGUGAUGCCGCUUCACACAAGUUGGCCGAACUGACAAAAGCCAUUCAGCCGUUCAUGUUGCGGCGAACCAAGUCGAAGGUUGAGUCAGAUCUUCCUCCCAAGACCGAGAAGAUCAUUCGGGUGGAGCUAUCAGACAUUCAACUGGAAUACUACAAAAACAUCCUCACCAAGAAUUACGCUGCACUCAAUGACGGUGCUCGGGGUCAGAAACAAUCGCUCCUGAACAUCAUGAUGGAGUUGAAAAAAGCGAGUAAUCAUCCUUUCAUGUUCCCGAAUGCAGAAGCCAGACUUCUGGAGGGCAGUGCUCGUCGGGAGGAUGUACUAAGGGCCAUGAUUACCAGCAGUGGUAAAAUGAUGCUUUUGGAUCAGCUCUUGGCCAAGCUCAAACGCGAUGGUCACCGCGUCCUGAUUUUCAGCCAGAUGGUCAAGAUGCUGGACAUCCUUGGUGACUAUAUGGAUUAUCGCGGAUACACAUAUCAACGUCUCGAUGGAACCAUUCCAGCUGCUGCGCGACGUCUGGCCAUAGAGCACUACAACGCGCCUGGCAGUAACGAUUUUGCUUUCAUUCUUUCCACUCGAGCUGGUGGUCUCGGGAUUAAUUUGAUGACUGCAGAUACUGUUGUUCUCUUCGACUCUGAUUGGAAUCCCCAGGCCGAUCUACAGGCUAUGGCAAGAGCGCAUCGAAUUGGUCAAACAAGGCCAGUGAGUGUGUAUCGGUUGGUUUCCAAGGAUACUGUGGAAGAAGAAGUCAUUGAACGAGCGAGGAACAAGCUUCUCCUCGAGUUUAUCACUAUCCAGCGUGGUGUGACCGACAAGGAAGCAUCCGAAAUCCAGAACAAGAUGGCCCGCAGUGGAAUCUCCAUCGCUGAACCCAGCUCUACGGACGACAUUUCGCGCAUUCUCAAGCGCCGUGGUCAGAAGAUGUUUGAACAGACCGGCAAUCAAGCGAAACUAGAGCAAUUAGACAUUGACUCGGUUCUAGCAAACGCCGAGCUGCACCAGACCGAACAAGCAGAGGGCAUCCAAGCUGACGGUGGUGAAGAGUUCCUCAAGGCUUUUGAUUACGUUGAUAUCAAGGUUGAUGACCUUAGCUGGGACGAUAUCAUUCCCAAAGAUCAGCUCGAGGAGAUCAAAGCUGAAGAGAAGAAGAAGGCGGACGAGCGUUAUCUGGCUGAAGUCAUCGAGCAGAACCGACCGCGCAAGCGUAAUGUUCCCGGUGACAUUCGAGAUUCACGUGAAGAGCGCAAAGCUAAGAGGCAAGCUCGAGCACAAGUCAGCAUGGACAAUGAUGAUGAUUCAGACUCAAUGGCUCAAUCAGACCCCAAACGUCCCCUUGUGGAGAAAGAGUAUCGCCAUCUUCUUCGAGCAUUCCUCCGAUACGGUGAUCUUGCCGACCGCGAAGAGGAUAUCAUCCGUGAGGCGCGGUUACUUGACCGUGACCGAGAAACUGUUAAAUCUGCUCUCCGUGAGAUAACCGACAAAGCCGCGGCUUUGGUCAAGGAGGACAUGCAGAAACUGGAAGCUCUUGAGAAUUCUGGCCGUAUCCCGACCAAAAAAGAGAAGAAAGCCGUGUUGUUCGAUCUGCAUGGAGUCAAGCGGCUCAAUGCGUACACUAUCGUUGAGCGUCCGACCGAGAUGCGUGUUUUGAAAGAGGCCCUGGCCCAGGUGUCCGGCUUCCACAAUUUCCGUGUUCCAGACGCCACGAAGGCUCCGGAUUACACUUGCUCAUGGGGGGCACGGGAAGAUGGCAUGUUGUGCGUAGGUAUCGCACGCCAUGGCUACGGUGCUUGGGCACAGAUCCGGGACGACCCCGACCUGGAACUUGGGGACAAAUUUUUCCUCGAGGAGCACCGUGUCGAGCGCAAGAACGAGCGCUUGAAUGCGGAAGACAAGACGACAAAGUCACCGGGGGCGGUUCAUCUCGUGCGUCGCGCGGACUACCUUCUCUCCGUCCUUAGAGACCGGUCGACGAAUGGCUUGAGUAUGAGUGCAAGACGAGCCGUCGAGAGCCAUCGCCCAGGGCGCAAAGGCUCACGCGCCCAGGCCAGCAACAGUGUCUCAGCAUCUCCUGCACCAUCAAGCUCUCGCAAGGGGCACCGCGAAAUGGAACGGUCCAGGCAUCGCUCUAAAACCCAUGCUAGAGACAGCAUGGAAAGGCACCAUACCCCUAGCCAUGAUUCGCGUCAGCGUUCCGCUCAAGAUGGAGACCGAGCCCGUCACCGCACGUCGGACGCUUCCAGCGAGGAUAUCCGUCGUCGUAAACCCAAUGAAAAUGGCCAUUCUGCAGGCAAAGAGGGCAUAGAGUAUAAGUUCUUCAAGCCCAUCCGUGAGGAUCUGAGAAAGGUGUCGGCGGUCACCAAGGAGAAUUACCCGGACAAAGUGGAGCGUGCUCUGGAGCUGAGGCGCCUUCUUGGGAAGAUUGGCGAAUUCAUUGGCCAAAACAUCCAAGGGGAUGGAAUGGCUAGUCUUGAGACUCGUUUGUGGCAAUUUGUUGCUGUUCACUACUGGCCGAACAAAGACGCAGGAGGUAACAAGCUUCAACAGAUGUAUCACAAGCUGAGCGCGGCACCCAAGUAG